AUGUCGCAGAGCGUAGCAGUAAAAUUUGAUCCAAAUGGCUAUUUGGCACAGAGCAGUCCUACCGAUUCGCUGCUCAUUUACCUUUUGUUACGGUAUUUUGCCCACUACUUCACCGUUUGUUUAAUAAAGGCUCGAAAAGACGACAACCUAAGCGGUCACUUUGUCGUUCCGAUACCGACCAUCUUUGUGGGGCAAAAGUUCUGUAUCCGUGGGACAUCCAAAUCCCUAUCAUUAAAUAUGGACUCCUUCUUGUUUGCAAGGCAUUCCAUCGAUCACUUUCCCGACAAGUUUGCGGACAUGCAUCGAAGGCGUUUGCGGCUCGGAACAGUACCCUACUUGCCGAACGCACAUGUUACAGAUGUGGUCGAUGGUACGGAGCUUUGGCUCGUUGUGCUGUUUUGUGAGAUCGCUAACUGUACGACUGAAGUCAUGAUGGCAUCAGAAUGGGGUACGGUCUUUGAAAAUGGUACCAAAAUCGGAUUGAUCGGAGCUCCUGCCGAACGCCAGGUUGACGUCGUACUCGGUGGUCUCUAUUCUUGGUACAGUAGCUUCGAGUUCCUGGCGUUUACCGCCGUCCACUCGCGAUCCGGCUGCACGUGCAUCGUACCGAAGCCGCAUCUAGUGACCAACUGGCGGACACCGUUCCUUUCGUUCACUGGGUCACUUUGGUGUGCUGUUUCGCUUGCGUUCCUGGCCGGUGCGACAGCCGUACUGGUGGUGUCACGCAGUCGUCAGCGCAUACUGCAGCUGGCCGGUGCCGGCGCACCGGUCACUUUCAGUGACUCGGUGCUGCUAAUGAUCGGUUUCUUCAUGGAGCAGACCGCACGCAUGCCGCACGAGCUGCUCGCCUCGUGCGUGCUCUUCACGACGCUCAUGUUUGCCGGCUUCAUGAUCGGCAGCAGCUACAACGGGGGACUAGCGAGCACGAUGAUUGUGCCACAGUACGAACACUCCAUCAACACUGCUCACGAGCUGGCCGAAACUCGCACGACCUGGGUUGGUGUCACCGUAUCCUGGAUCUACUCGAUUCUGUUGGCAGACCAGUCCGAUCUGCUGACGCUGAAGCAAACGUUUCGCGAAUGGGACGACGAUACGAUCGAACAACACGGGCCCGAUCGCGACCUGGCCAUCAUUGUCGAGCGGAUGGAGUACGGCCACUAUGCCUUUCCAUCCGUAAGCAUCGACACGAUAAAGUGCCGCCAGAUACUGACCGACGACAUUUACUGGGAAUGGGUUGUGGGCAUGUCCACGAAGACGUGGCCAGCACGCGCUCGUUUCGACCGCAUGGUGCACGAACUGAAGGCCUUCGGGCUCCUGGCAUACUGGGAGCUUAUCGGAGCGAUCCAGUUUUUGGGUUUGGAGUCUCAGCAAAUCAUACACUACUCGCGUGACAUUCCCAGCGACGAUUCCAAACCACUUCGUAUAUCGAACAUCAGCGGUGCGCUUCUGAUCCUGGUAGGAGGGCUAGUGAUUUCCGCGGUGGUAUUCUUCAUAGAACUUCUGUGGCACCGUUUUAGUCAAUCAAUCAAACAGGAUUUCCUUCGUUUCACGGCACGGUGUUUCAUUACAAAGUAA